UCUCUCUCCCUUGUUCCUCCUGCUUGCUCUCUCUCACACAUACAUAUACUCUCACCUUGCUGUUGCUACUGCAGCUCCAUUUCUUCAUUGUUGCUGUUGUGAUCUACCUCCAGUGACUCCUCUGCUGCUGCUAAUCAAAGCCCCAAGCUUGCCUCCUGCCAUGCCCCUUACUCUCUACUGCUCUCUAACUUUCUCUCUCUGUUUCUCUCUCACCUGGAUCUGGAUGCAUGCAGCUCCCAUGGCCGUCCGCACCUAGCUCCGAUGGUGGCCGCCGUGGAGAAGGCCAGUUGCAGUUCUGGCAACUCCGGUGACCCCAACAUUCACAAGUGACAUGUCCAAACAUGAUGCAAUGGUUUGAAGUUCUUGGGGCCAAUAUGGAGAGAUCAGACAUGUCCUUCUCUGUAAGAACACAAUUGGAUGUUGGCCGUGCAUGUGAAUGGGCCAGUGGCAAUGGCAUCUCAGGCCUCUUGGCGCAGAAGAGUAACGCAUUAAACCCGAGGUUCUGGUGCAUGAUCAGUGAUAUACUCAAGUUCAAGAGUGAUGCUCUCAGGUACUUGGAGGAUCGUAAAAACAAUCCUGAUCUGAACCUGAACGAGACUUUGGGCCAAUUUAUUCAGUCCCACGGAUACUGUCAGCUCUUCCAAGAAGCUUAUCUUAUUCCAAUCUGUUGUUGCAUCUGGCCAUGUCCAUCACAACAAGUUUUGGGCUUCUCCGCUUUCUUUGUGCUAUCAUUUUUCCAUAAGCAUCACAUUCUUCAGUUUUCUCAGUUUGGUCGUGGCGAGCAGCUCACUGUCAAGGGCCAUUCUCAGUCCUAUAUCAACAAGGUAAAAGAGGAAUUGGAAAGCAGGGGCUGUAGAAUUAAAACCAACUGCCAAGUAAAAUGCAUUUCAAGUUUUGACAGAGGUUACAGAGUCUUAGAGGUUGAUGGUUUGGAGGAGAUGUAUGACAGAAUCAUAGUUGAUACCCAUGCAACUGAUGCUCUAAAAUUACUAGGAACAGAAGCAACACAUGAAGAAUUGAGAAUUCUUGGUGCUUUUCGGUAUGCCUAUAGUGAUAUAUACCUUCACUGUGAUGAAAGUUUUAUGCCAUUUAAUUCAUCAGCAUGGAGUGCUUGUAACUUCAUGGGUAACAAAAGCAGAUGUUUCUGUGUUACCUACUGGCUGAAUUUGCUUCAGAACAUUCAAUCUACCCGGACUUUUCUGGUGACAGUGAAUCCCUCUCAUGUUCCCAACCAUGUUUUGCUUAAGUGGAAUACAAGUCAUCUUGUUCCAGCUGUGGCUGCUUCAAAGGCUUCUCUUGACCUUGGUCAGAUCCAGGGCAAGAGAGGUAUAUGGUUCUGCGGGACAUAUCAGGGUUGUGGCUUCCAUGAAGAUGGAUUGAAGGUUGGCAGAGCAGCAGCUCAAAGUUUGCUUGGAAAGAAGAUUGAUCCUAUUGUGAACCCAAAGCAAAUGGUCCUGUCAUGGACAGAGACCGGCGCACGUCUUCUGGUGUCAAGAUUUCUCAACCAGUACAUCUCUGUUGGCAACUUGAUCUUGUUUGAAGAAGGUGGUACAAUGUUUAGUUUCGGUGAAGCUUGUAAGAAAUGCAAUGUUAAAUCUAUCCUGCAAGUACAUGAUCCACUAUUUUAUUGGAAGAUUGCAACAGAAGCAGACCUUGGUUUGGCAGAUGCCUACAUUAACGGGUACUUCUCUUUUACAAAUAAGAGAGAAGGCCUUCUGAAUCUUUUCCUGAUUCUCAUUGCUAACAGAGAUGCACAGAGGAGUUCUAGCAGGAUUUCCUGUACAAGAGGUUGGUGGACACCCUUGCUUCUUACUGCUGGGUUUGCAUCUGCUAAAUAUUUCCUCCGGCACCUCUCAAGGAAGAACACUGUAGCACAAACUCGUCAAAACGUCUCUCAGCAUUAUGAUUUGAGUAAUGAUUUCUUCUCGCUUUUUCUUGAUAAAUCAAUGACCUACUCCUCUGCUAUUUUUAUGGAUGAGGAAGAAAGCUUAGAAGAGGCUCAGCUGCGUAAAGUAAAAGUUCUAAUUGACAAGGCUAAAGUGGAAUGGGAUCAAGACGUUCUUGAGAUUGGUAGUGGUUGGGGCAGUUUGGCUAUUGAAGUGGUGAAGCAAACUGGCUGCAAAUACACAGGAGUUACACAGUCCAUGGAGCAACUUAAAUACGCCCAAAGAAGGGUGAAAGAAGCAGGUUUAGCUGACCAAAUAACUUUUCUGCUGUGUGACUACCGUGAAAUACCAGCUUGCCACAAAUAUGACAGAAUCAUAUGCUGCGAGAUGAUUGAGGAAGUUGGUCAUGAAUACAUGGAUGAAUUCUUUGGCUGCUGUGAGUCCCUCUUGGCCGAAGAUGGAAUAUUUGUUAUACAGUUUAGCUCAAUUCCAGAGGAACGGUAUGACGAGUACCGGAGAAGCUCAGACUUUAUAAAAGAAUACAUUUUCCCUGGGGGUUGCAUUCCUUGUCUGACCCGAAUAACAUCUGCUAUGUCUGCUGCAUCAAGGCUCUGCAUUGAGCACGUUGAGAAUAUUGGGCACCAUUACUACCCAACUCUUGUACGCUGGAGGGACAACUUCAUGGCCAACAAAGACAAAAUUUUGGCCCUGGGCUUUGAUGAGAGGUUCACCCGUACAUGGGAGUACUAUUUCAUGUAUUCUGCUGCUGGUUUCAAGUCCAGGACACUUGGAGUUUACCAGAUUGUAUUCUCUCGUCCUGGGAAUGCCAAGCUGGGAUCUGGCUUCAAAACUCAAAAUUGAGCUUAUGCCCUAGUGCACGAGCCAAGUUAUUUAUCUUUGUGAUUGUGUAAUACUCCCUCUGUUCCUAAAUGUUUGACGCUGUUGA